AUGGUGAUUGGCUGUUUGAGACACUACGUCACAGGCAGGCGCCUCGUGUGUGCUCCUCGCUUGUAGAGGGUCAGUAGAGGAGAUGAGUGCUCAGAGAGCGGAGGGAUCGCGGAAAUUAUAGUAAUAAAACUCGUAAUUUAUAAUAAUGGCACAAUCGUGGCUGUACCCCACUGUACUGCUGUGUAUCUACGGGUUCUUCUGUAACCUCAGACCCAGCGAACCUUUCCUCACAGCUUUCCUUAUCGGACCCGAUAAAAACCUCACCGAGACGCAGGUUCAGAGUGAGGUCUACCCACUAUGGACCUACUCGUAUCUGGUUCUACUGUUUCCUGUGUUCCUGGCCACGGACUACCUCCGCUACAAGCCCGUGAUCAUCGUUCAAGCCACCAGCAUCAUAGUGACGUACGUCCUGCUGGUGAAAGCUCAGGGCGUGCUGGCCAUGCAGAUCCUGGAGUUCUUCUUUGGCGUGUCCACGGCCACAGAGAUAGCAUACUACUCCUACAUCUACAGCGUGGUGGAGCCCGACAGAUACCAGAGAGUGACGGGCUUCUGCCGCAGCAUCACUCUGCUGGGUUCAGCAGUGGGAUACUUCAUCGGGCAGCUCAUGGUCUCUGUGGCCAAAGUUCCCUACAUGUACCUGUUUAUCUUCACCCUGGUCUCCUGCUGCGUGGCCUUUCUGGCGUCGUGGUUCCUGCCGAUGCCCAGUAAGAGCCUGUUUUUCCACCGUAAGGAGAGCGCGCCUCAGGAUGAAGCAGCGGCAGCGCUACCUGCGGAUGGUGACGGGGAGCUUAUCGAGGAGUCGGAGGAAUCGGAGUGCAAAGUGCAAAUUACUCUAGUUGAACUUCCCAUGAAGAAGAAGAAGACGUGCUGUGCGAAAUUUAGGGAAGUCUUGAGAAUUCUGUGGGUGGAUUUUGUGCAGUGUUACUCCAACCGCACUCUCCUGGCCUGGUCUGUAUGGUGGGCUCUGUCCACCUGCGGGCUUUUCCAGGUCAUAAAUUAUGCGCAAGUACUGUGGGAGAAGAAUCGGCCUUCUCAGGAGUUUGAGAUCUACAACGGUUAUGUUGAGACCAUAUCUACUUUGAUUGGUGCUCUGGCUGCUUUCGCGGUGGGUUUUGUGAAAGUGUCCUGGGCUGUGUGGGGGGAGCUGGCGCUCUGUGUUUUCUCUGUGCUCAUGGCUGUAGCUGUGUACCUCAUGGUGAAAGUCAUGAACAUCUGGGUCUGCUACUCUUCCUACGUGAUCUUCAGAGCAGCGUAUAUGCUGCUCAUCACAAUAGCAACGUACCAGAUUGCUACCAAUCUGAGUAUGAGCCGGUACGCAUUAGUGUUUGGUGUGAACACGUUUAUUGCUCUGGUGCUGCAGACUCUGCUCACUGUCAUCGUAGUGGACCAGGCUGGCCUGAACCUGGAUAUAUUUACACAGUUUCUGAUCUACGCGAGUUACUUCGCAGUGAUUGCUGUGAUCUUCCUCAUAGCCGCUGUGUAUAAAUGGGCUACGCGCAGUCGCCCGGGGGUUGCUGAGGUGCAGACGGAGAGCGCCGAGAGCGAUACCAACUCUGCUGGUGGCGGCGGUUCACUGUCCAAACACAGCAAAGACGUUUCAGUGGCGUGAUUGGGUGGGUGCCUGCACCCAGUGGUGGUAUAGAUAUAUACGCACAAAUUUAUUUUCCAGAGUUUCCAGUGCAACAAAAAAAAUCACUAUUUUUACACCAUUAACAUUAACUUAAAGUAGCUUAAAUAUUAUUUUGCUAUAUUUAAAACUUAAAUAUAACAAAAUAAUGCUUUGAAAAUAUAUUUUAAUCAUUUUUUCUGGUGAAAAAUAAUAAUGUUUUUGAUGGAGGUGUAAUACUGAAUACUGAAGUUUAGAGCUGUGGUGUUUUGUGCUUGAAACCCACGAGGAUGGGCGGAGCUACACACCAUACUGCAACCAGCCAGCGGGGGCGCUAUACUUGAAUUGGCUUCACCUCUAAGCUUCUAAGCUUUCCAUGUUUUUCUACAGUCAUUGUUUUAAACUAAAGGCACUGAUGGUAUUUAUUUUUGAUUGUAAGUAAUAUUUCAGCAAUAGCACACUAAAGGAACAUUACAUUAGUGUUUCAUAAUGAUAGAUACUUGAACUUGCUUACAGAUCAAGCUUUAAAGGUCAUAUUAUCAUAUUAUGGUCAAAAUCAAAUCAUGUAGAUUUUAGCAUUUGAGUUGAUUUAAAUGUAUUACUGCUUUACAUUUUGUUUACAGUUAAAUUGUGAGUCAUUUCCUGUUUUAUAAUAAGAGUUGUGUAAUCAGCUCUCGUUUUUAGUGAUACUCUUGCCUUUCCUUACUUUUCAGAUCACUUUUCUUUAAAGGAAAAGUCCGGUGUGUAAUAAAUGGACUUGGGUUGUAGUGAAAUGUGAUGAAGAGUACCACAAGAAACGCUCACCUCCAUUCUCCCCCAGCUUUCCCAAAUACAGAGCUUUUAGCCGAUGCUCCCAAAUAACAGUCUUACAAUGCGAGUGAUGGGGCAUAGAGUUGCCCAUGCAAAGAAAUGGCUAUUUUUACACAGUUCAGAAACUCAAAGUAGCUCCACAUUUCACUAAUAGAAUUCUGGGAGUUUUUAACAUUUAAAACAAGGAACUAAAAACUUUAAAAGUUCACAGGUAGCUUAUUAAGGUGUUGUGCCCGACAAAAAAAAAAAAAAAGAAA